CUGAAACGUUGACUCCACUUUCUCUUAACGCCUUUUCCACGGAACACUUGAAAGUCGGUCAUUUGGAGACAGCUAGUUGCAGCUAAAGGGUUAGCUGUAAACUAUCUCAGCACCUCCCACCGAAUACUGUAAAGUUGGCGCGUGCAGACUCCUAGGUGUUAAAAUUGGGAUACUUAAGGUCAUCCAGUGGUCAAGUGCACACCAUGUCAUCACCCAGACCCCCAACGUCAUCACCCAAACCCUCAACAAAACGCUGCACAAAUCGCAAGUCCAUUAUCAUCUCUUUCGUAGUCAGUCUAUUACUAUUGGCUCUCAUACUGGGUCUCUCUCUCGGUCUGACCCGACCGAAGAACAACGACAGUACCGGGACACCCAUGACAACGUAUUCGGGUUUACAGUCUGCCAAAGGCUCGGUCGACCUUGUCGCAAGCAGGUUAACGGGCGUACGAUCGUUGCUGUUUGACCGCGCGACUGGGAAAGUUCUAAGUCUUGUUCGAGGGAAGCAGCAGGUUGUAGCGAUUGCAGUAGUCCAGCCGUCAACUGCGGAUUUUUCGCAGAAUGUGAUUCUCGAUGUUUCGUCCUUAAAUAUUGGACUCAACCAUGGUAUGGCAAUACACGAAGGGUACAUCUACGCCAGCAGCGCAUCAUCCGUAUAUCGGUGGAAAUAUUCUGGCCAACCGAUCGCGAAACCCGGUGAAUACGAAACGUUUGUUAGUAACAUUGACAGCGGCUUCCUACCUGGCGACACUGCAGCAGGGCACAUUACUCGCACAAUUCUCUUGGAUUCCAAUUGGCUCUAUAUCUCUGUAGGAAGCCUAGGUAAUGUUGACCCGACCCCGUUCCGCUCCCGAAUUCGGCGGGUGCCGUACAAAACAUACAACUCGACCGCAUUCAAUUUCCAAACCGCAGAAGUAUUUGCUGAUGGUGUGCGCAAUGCUGUGGCCAUGGCUUUUGAUUCGAGAGGAAAGCUGUGGACAGCGGUAAACGGCCCGGAUAAUCUCGCGAGGCCCGAUAUCGGCAAUGAUAUCGUUCAAGAUAGCCCUAUAGAACCCAUAUAUCUGCUUGAGCAGCCUGGCCGUUUUUACGGCUACCCGUACUGCUUCACUCUAGGGAACGUUUCGGGGUCAUUUGCUACAGACCCCUCCGUAGGCACACAGUACGCUUGGCCGGACUCUAUGAAUGACGGUACCCACACCGAUGCAUGGUGCCGCGAUCCUGCUAAUGUGGUAACUCCCUCUGCCAUGAUCCAGGCCCAUAGUGCGCCGCUUGACAUGGAAUUCGGGCCUUCAGGGAUGCUGUAUGUGGCAUUACAUGGUAGUUGGAAUCGGAACGUUCCAGCGGGAUACUCUAUCGUACGCCUACCAUUCAAGCCUGAUGGAUCUCCGACAGUGGACCGUGUGACAGAUCGGGUGCUUUGGUUGUCGGACCAAUUGUGCCCUGCAACUUCCGUAACCACAUGUUUCAGACCAGCAGGAUUGGCCAUCGUGGACAAGUAUGUGUACGUCUCUAGUGAUGCUACUGGGGAGAUAGUCAGGUUUGAGUAUUAGGACAUUCUUCAGGGGUGCUCUUUUUUGUAACAAUGUAUAUGCUUGGUGGAGGAGGUGAAGGGUUUAGAAAGACAUGUUACGUAGCUGUAUAUAGGAAGGAUUGUAGGCUGUAUUUCGGGCUGGAUUUUUUCUAUCCAAUUGUCGUGACACGUAGCCGGGCACAGAAUGUUUAUUAACGUAGCAUCCAGAAUAAUGACGAAU